AUGCGGAGGCAGCGCAUCGGUCUUCCCGUGGCACUACUCAUCCUGCUGUUCAUGAUCUGGGGGAUCCAGCUCUCACGGCGGGCUCCCUUGGCAGCAUCAUCACAAUCCCGCGGUGCCUUGAUAAUCACAGGCUCGCCACAGCACCACUAUCCAAACGUGGACUUGUCGUCACCGCGCGCCCCCUUCAUUGCCUGGCCGUUGGCCCGGAUCUGUACCGAGACGACAGCCUGGGUCCCCGGGCUGGUAUUCCUGUGCGACAACAAUAGCGGCGGGCCGGGCAACAUCCGCAACUACAUCCUCACGUGUGUGCGCUAUGCGGUAGAGGCCGGAGCCACGUCGCUCGUGCUGCCGCGCAUCCGCGUUCGGUCCGCCGACCACCUGGCCGACCUGUUCCGCGGUGGCCACGCGCCCUUCGGCUACAUGUUCUCGGAGACACGGUUCCGGGAAGGGCUAGCGGCCGCGUGUCCGCGCGUCGUUGUCUACGCGGCGCUCGAGGACGUGCCCUAUGUGCUGCAGAAGGUCGCGCGCGAGGGUCUGCCGGACGUCGAGAAGAUGGUCGAGCGCGUGGCGCCCAAGGACCUGGGCCGGCGGGCCGGCUGCGACCUGCGCGACCAGAACCGGCACACGGACCGCUUCGGUGACAGGUUCCGGGCCUGGCUCGACGAGUCAGCGCUGGAGCGGCGGCUGCCGGCGGUGGGCAUCGAGAGCCCGCGGUUGAUUCGGCUGCAGUGGGGCGUCCUGUGGGACUGGGAGGUUAUGAGGGAUGGGCCGGAGUUCGUGGCGACAUUCGGGGGGCUUCUCAUGUUUAGGGAUGAUGUAUUAAAUCUGGCACACGCGGUCGUACGGGCGAUGAGGAGGGAGGCCGGGAGGAUAUCUAAUAACGCAGGCCAGGCGAACGAGAGUUUCCUUGCCAUCCACUUGAGGUCGGAGGAGGAUGCACUCAAAGAGUGGCCAACUUACGAGGUUCAAGCCGCAGGAUUCAUCACAGAAGUUGGGCGACGAGGAUUCAAGGGUGGAGUUGCGUAUCUCGCGUCCGGCAGCGAGAGCGAGUCUCAGAAAUUUGCAGAUGAGGCCUGGUCGGAGAUGCAGUUGAACGUGCGCACGAAGUAUGAUAUGCUCCAUGGUCAGAAGCUGGAGACAUUGAAAAGCAUGACGUGGGAUCAGCAGGCCCUGGUCGACUUCGCCGUCUUGCUGGAGUCGGAUUACUUCGUGGGCGUCAGUCCGAGCAGCUUCAGCAUCAAUGUAGCGUUAAAACGGCACUUACAGAUAGGGGGGCUUCUUGCAAGGCCAUGGAAAGUCGGCGGCACAGGAGAUGGUCGGAGCUGGGUUGUUGGAAACUUCGAAAUUUAUUGGGAUGACUGGCUCUUUAUGUACGACGGAAUGUGGCCAUGA